AUGUCUUGGAAAUCAACUCUACAAACAUCAGCAACUAUACUCUCCUUGGUGAUAGUGAUAAAUGAAUUGAGAAGAGCGUAUGCUAGAAUAUCUCAACUAGAAACAACUUUAACACCUCUCCCACCUAGAUCGCGAGGUAUUGAAUCACGUAUAGGGAAUACUCCCUUGAUAGAAAUCAAAUCAUUAUCAGCCAAAACAGGAUGCAAGAUAUAUGCUAAAUUGGAGUUGUUGAAUCCGGCAGGAAGUUCCAAAGAUAGAGUUGCUUUGGCCAUAAUAAAAGCUGCUGAGAUACAGGGUUUGUUGGUUCCCCACCGAGGUGACGUGAUAUAUGAAGGUACUUCAGGGUCAACGGGGAUUAGUUUUGCGGUGUUGGCUAGUGCUUUGGGAUACACAGCGCAUAUUUGUUUACCUGAUGACACAUCGCCUGAGAAACUACAAUUGUUGGAGGCACUAGGUGCAGAAGUAGAAAAAGUGAAACCUGCAAGUAUUGUUGAUCCCAAUCAAUAUGUCAAUGCUGCUAAAAGAGGCGCUGAAGAAAUCAACCAGACGUCAAAUAGCGGUAAAAGAGCGCUAUUUGCCAAUCAAUUUGAAAACGAUUUCAAUUGGAGAACACAUUAUACUACUACGGGGCCGGAACUUUUGAAACAAUUGGAUAAUAUCGAUAUAUUUAUAAAUGGCAGUGGAACUGGUGGAACCAUUUCCGGUGUAGGGAGAGCAUUAAAGGAAUUCAACAAGAGCACCAAGAUCAUUUUGGCUGACCCCCAAGGAAGUGGAUUAGCCAAUAGGAUUAAUUAUGGUGUACUAUACGAUACGGUGGAAAAGGAGGGUACUAGAAGAAGACACCAAGUGGAUACACUAGUUGAAGGUAUUGGUUUAAAUAGACUAACAUGGAAUUUUGAACAAGGUGAGAAGUAUAUCGAUGAAGCAAUUAAGGUUCCUGAUGACCAAGCUUUGAAAAUGGCAAAGUAUUUGUGUAUUAAUGAUGGAUUAUUCUGGGGUAGUUCAGCAGCUAUCAAUUGUGUUGCUGCAGUGAAAGCGGCAUUAAAAUACGGACCGGGGCUAAAUAUUGUUGUUGUUGCUUGCGAUUCGGGUGAUCGUCAUUUAUCCAAGUUUUGGAAACAUGCUGCUCAAGUCACUCGAACAAUAACUUUAGAAGAGGUUUUAGCAGAUUCCUGA